AUGGCAACCGAUCUGCCCUCCGCCGCGGCGCGAGUUUUCGGUAUUGUCGAAAUUGCCGAGAAGAUAUUCCUCCAAAUCGACUUCGUCGGCGUCCUCAAGUGUCAGCGCGUCGACAAGCAAUUCAAUCGAGUUAUCAGAGACUCGGUGGCCCUUCAGCAGAACCUUCACUUGGCUCCGAUACCUGGCAACCCUCCAAAGGAACUCCUCCCUGUAUUGCCUCAGCACAUGACUCUUUCGAAAUCUGGCGAUGAGUUAAUCGUUAGUCCUCUCAGCGAGCUGCGAUCGAGAAUCCCAGGUAAGACCGUCAACAAAGAAGCGAUUGCCUACACGCUCGCUUCGUGGAGGAAAAUGCUAGUCACGCAACCGCCAUCCCAAGCCGCGAUAUACGCGCAUCGCUGUAAGUUCGAAGACGACUGGCGCGUGGAUCACGACAUCGGCGGGACUGUCAUUGUCGGCUGGCUCCCAUCCGAGGCCGAUAUCAAGCUCGGAGAUGUGGAAAGCGUGGCGAACGAGCUGUUCGAAGAGCGCGGAAUACAUUGCGAAGACUGUAUCCGCCCCUGGCCCUCCAUGAUCACUGCUUUCAAACUGUAG